AUGGUGUUAGCGACGUUGCCAGCCGUUUUCUUAUCGAUACCAUUGGCACUGUUGAUUGCGUACAGUGCGGGUUGGAUGCGAUACGUCUUCGUUGAAUACUCUUCGUUCACGAUUAUCGCUCUGCUACCGAUUGCUCGGCCUGUGGUGAAUCUGUGCUUUGUUAGGCCUUAUCAGAAGGCAUUGAGACGCAUCUGUAGGGGACAUUUUCGCCCACAUAAAAUCAACGUCAUUGAAUUCUCGCAUUACAGACAAACGAUUACAGCGUCGAAAAACUCUGCAUGGGGUCAGCGGAUUCAGUAA